CUCCAUUUCCACAGCUAAACAGUGUCUUUUAGCGAGUGCUUGAAGUGGCAACUGAGUAAACAGGUGACUGAAAUGGAGUCAAACGACGCAGGUCGAGGAGGUUGGAAAAACAACAACAAUAAUAAUAAAUUUGCUCAGAAGAGCAAAAUCAAUGUUAUCAUGAGGCAGGAGGAGUUAAUAGCUCAGAAGAAGCGAGAAAUAGAAGCGAAGAUGGCAGAGCAAGCCAAACAGAACACAUCAACUCCUAGCAAGCCGUUGCCACAAAGUACUCCAAGUUCACAAGGUUCAACCUCAAACAAGUUUGUGAAUGAUGGAAGCUUCCUGCAGCAGUUCCUGAAGAUGCAGAAGGAGAAAUCCAGCACAGAUUCAGGAUCUAACAGUGAUCCCAAAGGCUCCACACCCUCUUCUCAGAGCCAGAAGAAGAGCAUUCUGGUUGGGAAACGUCCCGGCUUGGGUGUUAGCAGCAUGCUCAGCCAGUUCAAGAACUACUCACACUCCAAGAAGAGCCCGCUACAGAUCCCCCGACCAAGCAUCUUCAGCUCCCCGGAGGAGGAGGAGGCGGAGGAGGAUGAUGCACGAUACCUGGAGGUCAAAGUUUCCCCCCCAGAGGAUGAAGACUUGGUCCUCAUCAUCGAUCAUGCUUCUUUCGUCGCUGAAGGGGGCCCAGAUCUUGAGAGGAAAGCUAUAGAGGAUUACAAAGACAAUCCCGUCUUCUCAAGGACCAGCAAGGAGCAUCUGUACUUCCGCAAGAGAGUAGCUCAGCUGAGACAAGACAACCAUUCAAAAGACUCAUCUAAACAUAUGAUAUGUGCUCUAAAGUCUUCUCCUCAGCGGACGAGGAUACAAAGAAGGGCGACAGACAAGCUAGCCCGCUUCGUGGCCGACGGAGGGCCAGGGGAGGCCAUUGCUACCAAGCACAAUCACGACAACCCUGCCUUCAGCUUUCUCUAUGAUCACCAAAGUCCAGGUCACCGCUUCUAUAAGGCCAAAGUGGAGGAGUACCGUCAGUCCAAAAACAGCUCUACAGCUCCCCCUUGUGUUGAGCCCUUCUUGGACUUGAAGGGUGCUGCUUCCUUACCGUCUACAGCAUCUUACACCCCCAGCUUAGCCCAAGCAGAAUCCCAGAGCCCAGAAACAGCCCCUACGAGCGCUAAGCGGAAGAGGAAAAGUCGCUGGGGAGCUGAGGAUGACAAAGUGGAGCUGCCCAUCCCUUCGAUAGUCAUCCCUCAAAUGGAUAAGUCUGAGCCAGAAACUCCAGCACUAUCUGAGCAAGAGCUGAGGGGACUGGGUUAUAAGAAAGGAAAGCCAGUUGGUCUAGUGGGCGUCACAGAACUCUCUGAGGACCAGAAGAGACAGCUCAAAGAGCAGCAGGAAAUGCAGGAAAUGUUCGAUAUGAUCAUGAAGCACAAGCGGGCAAUGCAGGAGAUGCAGCUAAUGUGGGAAAAGGCAGUGCAAGACCACCAGCAUGAGUAUGACAGUGAUGAAGAGAUCGACCCUAGCGUGGGCACUUGGGAACAUAGACUUAGAAAGAUGGAGAUGGAAAAAACAAGAGAGUGGGCAGAGCAGCUGACUGAAAUGGGGAAAGGGAAGCAUUUCAUUGGUGACUUUCUUCCACCUGAUGAGCUGGAGAAGUUCAUGGAAACAUUUAAGGCUCUGAAGGAGGGCAGAGAUCCAGACUACUCUGAGUAUAAGGAGUUUAAGCUGACAGUGGAGAACAUUGGCUUCAAGAUGCUGAUGAAGAUGGGCUGGAAGGAAGGCGAGGGUCUGGGCUCAGAAAGCCAGGGCAUUAAGAACCCAGUCAACAGAGGGACCACUGCAGUAGAUGGUGCAGGGUUUGGGGUGGAUCGACCAGCUGAACUGACUAAAAGUGACGAUGAGUAUGAUGCCUUCCGCAAGAGAAUGAUGCUGGCUUACCGCUUCAGGCCUAAUCCUCUGAAUAAUCCAAGAAGGCCAUACUACUGAAGGGAUUGGUAGUGGUACUAUACUGUAUUUUUAUUGUAUUAUUGUUAUUUCUUGGAUGUGCAGUUUAAAAAGCACUCCAUGAUAACAUUGCAAAGUACCAGUACUUUGUCAAAACUUGAAAAUGUCUUGUUCUUUUGCUUUAAUAGAUCUUGCUCAACCAAUUGUGUGGGUACAUAGUUCCAGCUUUCACAUAUUCCACCUUUUCUUUAAACAUUUACCAUACAGCUUCAUAGAUGCCGUACAAAUUCUGAUCUUAGCUGGUUGUGCAUUUUCCAGACAUGUCAACUGAAAUUUCACUUUGGCUCUUGAGCUACACUGAUUAUCUUAACAGUAUGCGAACUCAUCCACAAUUAAGAGUGUUUUCUCUCUUGUUUAUCAUAUAUGAAAUAUGUGCUCUGUAGAGGUCAAAUAAAAAAUUUCAAUGGUUCUCAAA